AUGAGGCGCGCGCCGGCGGCAGAGCGCCUCUCCGAGCUGGGCUUUCCCCCGCGGCGCGGGCGCCAGGAGCCGCCUUUUCCGCUGGGUGUCACUCGGGGGUGGGGGAUAUGGCCCAUUCAAAAGCGCCGCGAGGGGGCCCGGCCAGUGCCCUUCAGUGAGCGCUCGCAAGAGGACGGCAGAGCCCCGGCGGCUCGCAGCUCCGGGACCUUGUGGCGCAUCAGGACGCGGCUGCCCUGCUGCCCGGACCCCGAGCCGCCGCCGCCGCCGCCGCCGCCCCUCUGCUUUCUGCGCGUUAGCCUCCUUUGCGCGCUCCGCCCCGGAGGCCGCGGGAGCCGUUGGGGCGAGGACGGCGCGCGGCUGCUGCUGCUGCCCCCGACCCGGGCGGCUGGAAGCGGAGAGGCCGAGCCGAGCGGCGGCGCCCCCUAUGCCGGGAGGAUGUUGGAGAGCAGCGGCUGCAAGGCGCUGAAGGAGGGCGUGUUGGAGAAGCGCAGCGACGGGCUGCUGCAGCUCUGGAAGAAGAAGUGCUGCAUCCUCACCGAGGAGGGGCUGCUGCUCAUCCCGCCCAAACAGCUGCAACACCACCACCACCAGCAGCAGCAACAGCAGCCCGGGCAGGGUUCGGUCGAACCGUCCCAACCCGGAGGCCCCGCCGUGGCCAGCCUCGAGCCGCCGGUCAAGCUCAAGGAAUUGCACUUUUCCAACAUGAAGACCGUGGACUGCGUGGAGCGCAAGGGCAAGUACAUGUACUUCACCGUGGUGAUGGCUGAGGGCAAGGAGAUCGACUUUCGGUGCCCGCAGGACCAGGGCUGGAACGCCGAGAUCACGUUGCAGAUGGUGCAGUACAAGAAUCGCCAGGCCAUCCUGGCGGUCAAGUCCACGCGGCAGAAGCAACAGCACUUGGUCCAGCAACAGCCUCCGCAGCCGCAGCCGCUUCAGCCCCAAAGCCAAGCCCAGCCGCAGCCUCAGUCCCAAGCCCAGCCGCAGCCCCAACCCAAACCGCAGCCCCAGCCCAAACCCCAGGCUCAGCCGAAGCCGCAGCCGCAGCCGCAGCCGCUUCAUCCGUACCCGCAUUUGCACCCGCACCCGCACCCGCACGCGCAUCCGCUACCGCACCCGCACCCACCGCCGCUCUCGCAGGCGCACGGCCACCGGCUCCUCCGCAGCACCUCCAACUCGGCCUGAAGAGGGCAGCACCCGGCCCGAACGCGGUUUUGGGGACCUGAGGAAGCGGGACGAGCACCUUUCUGUUGUCUUCACUUGGAUCGAGAGCAAGUCUCCCCGCCCCGCACCAAAUCAAGUAGUUUGAACAGAACCCGUCUGAUAACUCGUGAUUCCACUUAUUUUCUGCAUUCUCUUCUUCACAAUGCAGGAAAAAAUUUGAGUCCAGAAGGCUUUAUUUAUGAACCUUUGAGAGGAUCUUCCAGUUUGGUGGACCUUCUAGGAGGGAUGAUGUACUGUAAUUUUAUUUUAAUGUAUUUGACUUAUUAUUUAUUAGUUUUGUUUUUCUAAUGCUUGUUCUGAGACAUUUCUGAAUGUAGGCCAUUUUCCAGAAAAGAUACUUUAUUUUCGAAAACCUAUCCUUAGUAAGUUGUAGUCUUGGGAAAGAAGAAAGAAAAAAGGCGGUACAGAGGAACACAAGAAUUUGUUCAUUAUUCCUAGGGCAUUUUCAGAAGGUCUGACACUUCAUUGUUAUACCAGGUGGUUGAAAUUAAACUCUGU